GAGAGAGAGAGAGAGAGAGAGAGAGAGAGAGAGAGAGAGAAGGAGAGAAGGAGAGAGAGAGAGAGCGACAGAAAAUGUUCUUAAUACAAUCGAGCCUGCAGGUUCCUGGUCACACAAGGGUGUUUUGUAAACUUGCAUGCAAAAUAUGUAUAACACGGGAAGAGAGAGCAGCUAAAACAACCACUGGCAGUUAGACACGACAACACUUUUACAUGAACCUGUCAAGGGGGUGUUGCCAUGCUGAGAAGGUAGGAUACAUGUACAUGUGGGAUUUGUAUCAAUAUUUUAGUUUUGGUCAAAAACUUGGUCUUGUGUUGGAAACUAUGUGGAAAGUUCAUGGAUGUCUUUUCGCUGAUCUCUUUUGAUUCCAUAGCUUUGGAGGAAGGGCUGAAGCAGGGGUCGGAUCAGUAUAAUUCAUACAUGUGAUGCCACACCAGACAUAUGUGAUAUCUUAAAGGAUAUAUUACUCUCGGAAUAGACUUACACUUAUCUUUGAAAAUAAACUGUCUAAUUGCAUGACGUUUAUCUGUGUGAGAUAAUGUUUCACUAAAAUGGAGACAAACUCCCCACUACUCCCUACCAUGGAGGACAAGAGGGAUGGAGAGAACGAAUGCAAAGAAUCAGCGGAUGUUUCAAUGGAAGGACACUUGUCUAAUGGAGCUGUUGGAGAGGACUGUAAAGUUGGACCUAUGAAGGACGUCAGCCAAGGUUUGACAAUCAGAGGCAGUUUGUCUGGUGCCACGGGUAAGCUGAGGGAGAGAUGUCGAGAGAAGAAGCGAGAGAAGUUGGGAGGGAGCAUGGGGAACGAAAGAGAAGCAGGAGAGAGAAAAUUUAGUAAAAUGACAAGGAGCAAACUGGGCAAAAGGCUGGAGAGACAGAGGACGGGCGAAGAAAUACUCGAAGAGGAGGAGAGAGAAAGAGACAAAGUUACAGAUGGAGCAACGGAGGGGAGAUGCACAACAGAUUCAGGGAUGGAGGUAGAGAGAGAAGGAGAUGUAGGGAUGGAGGGAGAACAGGACGAAAGGAGGAAUCCCUGGAAGCCUUCACCCCAUCCCAUUCUCUCCAGGAUGCUCUUGCACUCUUCCACUGCCUCAUCCACCACUUCAUCCUUCAAUGCGUCCUCCGCAGAGAGUGACGAGGUGUUCAGCGAGGACGAGGACGUAGCAGCCAGGAGGAACACCAUAAGGAAGUGCCGCUCCUGGAGGACUUUCCUGACCAUGAUGCAUUGGUCCAUCCGUCGACAGAGCUCUUGGGUCCAGCUGGCUGGUCAUCAAGGUAACUUUCAGCUGGGUGAGGGAGGUGAGGUGCUGAAGCUGUUUAGUGAAGUGGAGGCUACCUGUCUGCAGGCCCUGAUGGCCGAUCCCCUGCGCCUGUUUGUGCCACAGUACCACGGUGUGAUCACCAGAGCGGGACUCAGGUAUCUUCGCCUGGAGGAUCUGCUGACUGGCCUCAAGAACCCUGUCAUCAUGGACUGCAAGAUGGGUGUGAGGACUUACCAGGUAGAGGAGUUGCAUAAAGCACGCACCAUGCCUACUUUACGGACUGAUAUGUACCAGAAAAUUGUGAAAGUAGACCCCACAGCACUCUCAGCGGAAGAACAUGAGCAACAAGGUGUGACAAAGUGGCAUUACUUGCAGUGGAGGGAUGCUACCAGCUCCUCAUCCACUCUAGGCUUCAGGAUUGAGGGCAUUAUGAUGGAGAAUGGCAAAGUACAGAGGGACUUCAGGAGGAAGAUGUCAUCUGCUCAGGUCACUGAGGCCCUCCUCUCUUUCACCAAGAGCCAGCAGGACAUCCUGAGAGCCUACUACUCCAGACUCCAGGCCCUGGCUGAAACCCUGAGGGAGUCGCCAUUCUUCAAAACUCAUGAGGUCAUUGGCAGUUCCCUCCUUUUUGUUCAUGACAACAGUGGCAAGGCCAGUAUCUGGAUGAUUGACUUUGGCAAAACCACCCCAGUGCCCAGUGGCCACCAUCUCACACACAAUGUCCCAUGGGCCGAGGGGAACCGGGAGGACGGGUACCUUAUCGGGCUAGCCACCCUCACAUCCUCACUGGGCCAGGCCAUCACCCAGGCCUGCCCUGAAGAGGUGGAGCAUAGCAGUGGGGGGAUGGAUACAUGCAUUCAUCUGCAGGAACACUCAGAGGAGCAGGAACACAGAGAUGAGCACCUUUACAUUCAGGAGCACAAUCCCAAUUAAAUCUGCAACUGAGCAGAGUCCAAGCAGUGUUUGAUACUUGACUGUUCAGAGUCCUUACAUUGGAUUUGCACUCAGACUGUGUAACUGGAGUUGAUGGCUAAUAAUGUGAGAAUUAUGACGUUAUCAUUAUAGUUUAUUACUACCUCAAUAUUUUUUUAUUGACAUACUAUGUUCUCAAUUCAUUUACAGUCAACAUUCUUUUUCACUUCUAUGAUUGGGACCAAGGUCAUAGCCAUGGAAUCAACAUUGGGGGGACUAAUAUUUUUUUUAAUGAUAAUUCCGAACAGCGUGCGUGGUUGCCUGUCGUAGCGUAGCACAUUUAUAUUUCUA